AGAUAGUUUUACAGAGUAUUGACUACAAUUUAAAAUACAAGAAAACAACCUGAAAAAAAUCAGUUCUUUUCUAUAAAAUCAGAAUUUUUUUUUUUACAGUGUAGUAUUAAGAGUGGGGUUGAGGUUUAGGGUUACCUUAUCAAGUCAUCUCAACUUUAAUUCAAUCAUUAAACAAAAGCUACUGUCACUUGAAACAACGACAAUCAGCUUGUCUUGAAUAUUACUCAAACAUCAUCUUUACAUCUAUAGACACGCUCAUGUUUGUCUGUUCUGAAGCAGCAGGAAGUGAGUCUCGUCAAACACACUAUGAAAGAACAUUACAAGUAAAAACUACUAGACUGCUGGAGGAUCAAUAUUUCAUUUGGAGCUCCAACUAAGGCAACAACAUGUCCAGUAAAAUGAACAUCGGUGACGCUCAACAUCUCUCAGAUCUGAGGAUUGUGUUGAUGGGGUAUAGAAGAUCUGGUAAGAGUUCAUCAGGAAACACCAUCCUGGGCAGAGAGGAGUUUGACUUGAAGACAUCUGCUCAGUGUGUGAGGAGACAUGGAGAAGUAGCAGACAGACACAUCACUGUCAUUGAAGCUCCAGGAUGGUGGCUGAAUCACACUGUAGAGGAGAGUCCUGAGAUACUGAAACAGGAGAUUUUCCUCAGUAUGUCUCUGUGUCCUCCAGGACCACACGCUGUACUACUGAUCAUAGAUGUGGACACUGGAUUUAAAGAGACUGAGAGAAAAGCAGUGCAGGAUCAUCUGGAUCUUCUCAGUGAGAGAGUCUGGAGUCACACUAUAGUUCUGUUCACUCGUGGAGACUUUCUGUUAGACACAUCUAUAGAGCAGCACAUUGAGAGUGAAGGACAGGAUCUCCAGCGGCUGCUGGACAAAUGUGGGAACAGGUAUCAUGUUCUCAACAAUCUCAACAGGAGUGACGACACUCAGAUCAAGGAGCUGCUGGAGAAGAUUGAGGAGACAGUGGCACAAAACAACGGCCGCCAUUUUGAAAUAGACAGAAAGAUUUUACAGGAGGUGAAAGAGAGAAGAAGAGCAGAGGAAGAGAGAGCAGAAGAACGAAUGAAGAGGAUGAAGAAACAGAGAGAAAACAUCAGAUCACAGAUGAGUGACGCUCAACAUCUCUCAGAUCUGAGGAUUGUGUUGAUGGGGUAUAGAGGAGCUGGUAAGAGUUCAUCAGGAAACACCAUCCUGGGCAGAGAGGAGUUUGACUUGAAGAGAUCUGCUCAGUGUGUGAGGAGACAUGGAGAAGUAGCAGACAGACACAUCACUGUCAUUGAAGCUCCAGGAUGGUGGCUGAAUGACACUGUAGAGUUCAGUCCUGAGAUACUGAAACAGGAGAUUUUGCUCAGUGUGUCUCUGUGUCCUCCAGGACCACACGCUGUACUACUGACCAUACCUGUGAACUCUGGAUUUAAAGAGACUGAGAGAAAAGCAGUGCAGGAUCAUCUGGAUCUUCUCAGUGAGAGAGUCUGGAGUCACACUAUAGUUCUGUUCACUCAUGGAGACUCUCUGUUAGACACAUCUAUAGAGCAGCACAUUGAGAGUGAAGGACAGGAUCUCCAGCGGCUGCUGGACAAAUGUGGGAACAGGUAUCAUGUUCUCAACAAUCUCAACAGGAGUGACGACACUCAGAUCAAGGAGCUGCUGGAGAAGAUUGAGGAGACAGUGGAACAAAACAACGGCCGCCAUUUUGAAAUAGACAGAAAGAUUUUACAGAAGAUGAUAGAGAGAAGAAGAGCAGAAGAACGAAUGAAGAGGAUGAAGAAACAGAGAGAAAACAUCAGAUCACAGAUGAGUGACGCUCAACAUCUCUCAGAUCUGAGGAUUGUGUUGAUGGGGUAUAGAGGAGCUGGUAAGAGUUCAUCAGGAAACACCAUCCUGGGCAGAGAGGAGUUUGACUUGAAGACAUCUGUUCAGUGUGUGAGGAGACAUGGAGAAGUAGCAGACAGACACAUCACUGUCAUUGAAGCUCCAGGAUGGUGGAGGAAUUACACUGUAGAGUUCAGUCCUGAGAUACUGAAACAAGAGAUUUUGCUCAGUGUGUCUCUGUGUCCUCCAGGACCACACGCUGUACUACUGAUCAUAGAUGUGGACACUGGAUUUAAAGAGACUAAGAGAAAAGCAGUGCAGGAUCAUCUGGAUCUUCUCAGUGAGAGAGUCUGGAGUCACACUAUAGUUCUGUUCACUCGUGGAGACUCUCUGUUAGACACAUCUAUAGAGCAGCACAUUGAGAGUGAAGGACAGGAUCUUCAGUGGCUGCUGGACAAAUGUGGGAACGGGUAUCAUGUUCUCAACAAUCACAACAGGAGUGACGACACUCAGAUCAAGGAGCUGCUGGAGAAGAUUGAGGAGACAGUGGAACAAAACAACGGCUGCCAUUUUGAAAUAGACAGAAAGAUUUUACAGGAGAUGAAAGAGAGAAGAAGAGCAGAGGAAGAGAGAGCAGAAGAACGAAUGAAGAGGAUGAAAAAAAGGAGAGAAAACAUCAGAUCACAGAUGAGUGACGCUCAACAUCUCUCAGAUCUGAGGAUUGUGUUGAUGGGGUAUAGAUAUGCUGGUAAGAGUUCAUCAGGAAACACCAUCCUGGGCAGAGAGGAGUUUGACUUGAAGAGAUCUGCUCAGUGUGUGAAGAGACAUGGAGAAGUAGCAGACAGACACAUCACUGUCAUUGAAGCUCCAGGAUGGUGGAGUAAUCUACCUGUAGAGUUCAGUCCUGAGAUACUGAAACAAGAGAUUUUGCUCAGUAUGUCUCUGUGUCCUCCAGGACCACACGCUGUACUACUGAUCAUACGUGUGGACACUGGAUUUAAAGAGACUGAGAGAAAAGCAGUGCAGGAUCAUCUGGAUCUUCUCAGUGAGAGAGUCUGGAGUCACACUAUAGUUCUGUUCACUUGUGGAGACUCUCUGUUAGACACAUCUAUAGAGCAGCACAUUGAGAGUGAAGGACAGGAUCUCCAGCAGCUGCUGGACAAAUGUGGGAACAGGUAUCAUGUUCUCAACAAUCACAACAGGAGUGACGACACUCAGAUCAAGGAGCUGCUGGAGAAGAUUGAGGAGACAGUGGCACAAAACAACAACUGCCAUUUUGAAAUAGACAGAAAGAUUUUACAGGAGGUGAAAGAGAGAAGAAGAGCAGAGGAAGAGAGAGCAGAAGAACGAAUGAAGAGGAUGAAGAAACAGAGAGAAAACAUCAGAUCACAGAUGAGUGACAUUCAACAUCUCUCAGAUCUGAGGAUUGUGUUGAUGGGGUAUAUAGCUGCUGGUAAGAGUUCAUCAGGAAACACCAUCCUGGGCAGAGAGGAGUUUGACUUGAAGAGAUCUGCUCAGUGUGUGAGGAGACAUGGAGAAGUAGCAGACAGACACAUCACUGUCAUUGAAGCUCCAGGAUGGUGGAAGAAUCACACUGUAGAGGACAGUCCUGAGAUACUGAAAGAGGACAUUUUGCUCAGUGUGUCUCUGUGUCCUCCAGGACCACACGCUGUACUACUGAUCAUACGUGUGGACAUUAGAUUUAAAGACACUGACAGAAAAGCAUUGCAGGAUCAUCUGGAUCUUCUCAGUGAGAGAGUCUGGAGUCACACUAUAGUUCUGUUCACCAGUGGAGACUCUCUGUUAGACACAUCUAUAGAGCAGCACAUUGAGAGUGAAGGACAGGAUCUCCAGCGGCUGCUGGACAAAUGUGGGAACAGGUAUCAUGUUCUCAACAAUCUCAACAGGAGAGAUGACACUCAGAUCAAGGAGCUGCUAGAGAAGAUUGAGGAGACAGUGGCACAAAACAACGGCCGCCAUUUUGAAAUGGACAGAAAGAUUUUACAGGAGAUGGAUGGUAGAAAGAAAGCUAAAGAGCGACUGAACAAAUGUAGUGAAGACAUCAGAUCACAGACCAUGAGUGGAGAUAAUGGAUCUGAUUCAUGGUCUCUGGGAAGUUCAGCUUACGGUUCAUUCAGAUCACGAUCAGGAGCAGAAACAGUUUUCAGUUCAUCACAUUCCAGAGAUUCAUCUCUCACAAGUUAUAACAGCAAUGAAUUAAUACCACCAAACUUGAGUGGAGAUGAGCGAUCGGACACACGGUCUAUGGGAAGUUCUGGUUACGGUUCAUUCAGAUCACGAUUCAGUUCAGUAUUUAGUUCAUCACGCUCAAUAGUCUCAUCUCACAGCUCAGGAUUCAUGUCUUUGCGGUCCAUCCCGGAGUCUGUGGAACAUUCAGAAUCCAGACGAACACUUGCUCUGCCUAAGAUCUCAACACUUCUCCCAAGAAGAGUAAAGAAGCAUGAUAAACAUGAAGACACUGAGAAAACUUGAAUUAUAUGAAAUUAAUGAAAGAGAAAUUGUGUCUUUAAAUGUUGACAUUUAUAUUUGACAAUAUUUAAUGAUAAAUAUUACUAAAACUAAAAGGUAUGCAGUUGUUUUAACCUUGAGUAAUUCACAUUAGCAGAGCUGUAAUUAAUAUAUUGAUAUGUAAUUAACAUUGACAUUUGUUGAUUAUUUUGUCUUAGAUCUGUCAAUUAAACUUUCUGUGUAAUUCUGUAAUUUCUGUAUUAAUCCCAGAUUUAUGUUCAUGUAUGCAAACACACAGAAGCUUUGCUGUCUACUGUUGGCAAAUGCAGCUGAGAAACAGAUUCAAAAGACAUUUACCACUAAAAAUGGUGAUUUAAAAUGUUUAAGUUAUAGAGACAAAAAUUCUUUAUGCUACAAUUAAAAUGAAUCUACACGUGCAUAUCCUUUCUUACUGACCAUUUGCUUUUGAUUUCUUUUAUGUUUUUUUCAUAAUCACAGAAUUUGGGUGUUUCUACAACUGUGGCCACUUUUGAUCUGACUUUUAAAAUAAAAUAAAAAAAAUCUUAAAGGGGA